AUGUUGCACUUCCAUUUCUCAUGUAUUAGCGCAUGCCCAAAUGAAGAAAGAAGUUACCUUCUCGACUUUAAAGGCCGUCUCAAUGAUCCCUCUUGUCGAUUAAGGUCGUGGCAGAAUUUCAACUGUUGCGAAUGGGAGGGUGUCACCUGUGACUAUCAUUCCGGUCAUGUUGUUUCCCUCGACCUCAAAAACCGUCAUUCUGACCAAUGGCAAUGCUGGGAGAGGGAAGAUUCAUGUAAAUUGAGUGGGAAGAUCCCUGAUUCUCUGUUCAACCUGCAGCAUCUGCAACAUUUAGAUUUGAGCUGGAAUGACUUCGGUGGUGCUGCCAUACCACUUCAGUUGGUAAAAUUCCAGAAGCUCACAUCCCUUAACUUGGCAGGUGCUAAUUUUGGAGGUAAAAUCCCUCCAGAGUUGAGUAACAUUACAACCUUGCGCCACCUGAAUUUGAGCGAGAAUCAUUUCAAUUGGACUGCCAUACCUUCUCAGUUGGCAAAACUCCAGAGGCUUACUUUCCUUAGUUUGACAAAUGCUGAUAUUGGAGGGAAGAUUCCUUUAGAGUUGGGUAACAUUACUGCAUUACGUCACUUGGAUUUGAGCCAGAAUGACUUCAAUGGUACUGCCAUACCUACUGUGUUGGGAAAACUCCGGAGGCUUACUUUCCUUAACUUGGCAGAUGCUGGAUUUGGUGGUGAGAUUCCUCAGGAAUUGGGUAACAUUACAACCUUGCAUCACCUGGAUUUGAGCGAGAAUCACUUCAAUUGGACUGCCAUACCUCCUCAGCUGGCAAAACUCCGGAGGCUUGCUUUCCUUGACUUGGCAUUUGCUGAAUCUGGAGAUGAAAUUCCUCCGGAAUUGAGUAACAUUACAACCUUGCGCUACCUGGAUCUCUCAACAGAACCAGCAUUGUCUUACCCAACAGAGUUAGCACAUAACUUGAAGAGUAGGAGGUUUGCAGGAUUGAUAACAAAUCUCAGAAGCUUGGAAUGCCUGGCUAUGAGUCAAGUAAAUCUAUCGACAGGAAAUGAUCACUGGAGUAAUGCCCUCGGCAGCCUGUCUAGACUCAAGUUGAUUGACCUGGAUGAUUGUGGACUUUCAGGUACAAUGUCUUCUCUCCUAAACCUCACUCACUUAUCCGGUCUACAUCUUUCAGGGAAUCCAUUUUAUUCCCCAUUGCCAGCUUGGUUUAAGAAUGUUUCGUCCUUGGUUUCACUUGUUCUUUCUUCUUGUAGUCUCAACGGUUCCAUCCCUUCAGAUUUCAUGUGCCAAUCAAGCCUGAGAAAUCUUGACUUGUCAUAUAACUACCAUCUAGGAGGAGCAAUUCCGCACUGCAUUGCAAAUUUUUUAGUGCUUAAGACGUUGUACCUCUCAUACAAUAAUUUAACAGGGGAUUUACCAGCGUUUGGAUCGUUCGUUGGUAGGUUUUCUUCCCUCGCAUAUCUGGACGCCAGCUACAACCAAUUGUCUGGAACAAUUCAAGAUACCAUUUCAGAGCUUUCUUUCCUCCGACAUCUGGACCUCAGUAACAACCAAUUCUCUGGAACAAUUCCAGAUACCAUUUCAAAGUUUCGCCAAUUAGAAAAGUUGUUACGAAGCUCCAACAAUUUGACCGGCAGCAUUUCUCCUUUCGUAUUGGAAAUACAUAACCUCCAAGAAGUGGACUUAUCUGAAAAUCAGCUUACACUGAAUAUCUCUUCAAGUUGGAUUCCUCAAUUUGCCCAACUGGAGUACAUCGGGUUAAGGUCUUGUAAUCUUCAAGGGGAGAUUCCUCCUUUUUUGUCUACUCAAUUCUCAUUAGAAAAAGUGGACUUGUCAGAUAACAAUAUUGUAGGAAAUAUUCCUACCUGGUUAUGGGAGCUUCCGAGCCUCAGAGGGCUCAAUCUUUCUCAUAACUUUCUAGAAGGUUCUUUGCACCCUGUUUCCAAGUAUAUAGCGAGUUUAGACUUGCAUAACAAUAGUCUACAUGGCUCUAUCCCAGAUCUUAGUGGAUUAUAUUUAGACUUGUCAGACAACAAGUUCAACGGUUCUAUUCCACGCUCUAUAUGUUCUGCGUCUAAUGAACUGAUGUUUCUGGACUUGUCAAAGAACCGGCUAACCGGUGUGAUUCCUACAAAUCUGGUGAGAUGUUCUUAUCUGGAAAUCUUGAAUUUGGCCAAAAAUCAUUUGGAAGAUAAGAUUCCAGAAGAGUUAGGAAAUCUUGCAGUGCUUCAGACACUAAAUCUCAAUGAAAACAAAAUGCGAGGUGUUAUCCCUCCUUCUCUAGAAAAUUGUACAAAACUCCGAGUAUUUGACGUAGGAAAGAACAAAAUUCAGGGGUGCCUCCCAAUUUGGAUUGGAAAACUGGAAGAAUUACGAAUUCUCAACUUGGCUUUUAAUAAGUUGCAAGGCACCUUUCCGCUGGAAUUGCUGAACCUCAUGAAUCUUCAGAUUCUAGAUUUAUCUCACAAUAAUUUUUCAGGACAUAUUCCAAAGAGUUUGGGGAAGUUGAAUGCUAACUUAAAAAUAGAAACUAAGAAGAAUAUUUUUCAUUCUUGUUCAUUACAAUGA